GUAACAAAUAUGGUUUAAAAAUUAAAAAGAAAAAUUAUUAGGUGGUUCGAUGGCGUUGUCGUUAAUUGAGAUAGAUUCGUUAUGAUUAGUAACCACCGUUGGAACACGUUUCAACACCUUACUCAACGAAUGAAUUAGUCAUCACCCUGUCAAUCCGAUUCCUAUGUUUGUUUUUCGUCUUCUUCUUGUUCUUCUUGGCUUUUCAUCAGUAGUUGCAGUGCUUCCAUUGCAAGAACUCACUCUUCCUGACUUCAAAAUCUAAUUCACUUUCACCAAUCACCUGCUCAUAUCACAGCUUCUCUUUCACUCUCAUCUCACAACCACCCUCUUUCUAGGGCAGCUUCUUCUUUUUCUUCUCAUUCUCUCCCCGUUUGGUUCCCCAGAAGAAAAACAAAAAAAACAAAAGAACUUGUGGAAACUAUCUUAGAAUUGACAAUUCUGAUUCUUUUCUUAGAAUUGAGAUUUAAUUUUAUUUAAUUACAGAAACCCUAAACCCAAUUCGCUUCCCUGGAUUCAAAUUUCCGCGAAAAAUGGCUUCUGCCCACGGAUUCGCUUCUCUUUCCAACUUGGGAUUGACGUAUUGUUCGUCCCGUCGGUAUCGUCUUCUUGUUCCUCAAUUUUAUAGGAAAUUUACUGCUGAUUCUUGUUCUAGGGUUUCAGUUACGGCUUGCAAUAGCCAAAACCCUAGUUUUGUUGUGGCUAAUCGGAGUAAAAUUCGAGAUUUUAGGUCUUUCAAGUCGGUUGAAUUGGAUAGGUUUUUAACUAGUGAUGAUGAGGAUGAAAUGAGUGAGGGGUUUUUUGAGGCAAUUGAGGAAUUAGAGCGGAUGACGAGGGAGCCCUCGGAUGUUCUCGAGGAAAUGAAUGACCGGCUCUCCGUUCGCGAAUUGCAACUUGUGUUGGUGUAUUUCUCUCAUGAGGGGAGAGACUCUUGGUGUGCAUUGGAGGUGUUUGAGUGGCUUCAGAAGGAGAAUCGAGUCGAUAAGGAAACAAUGGAGCUUAUGGUUUCUUUAAUGUGUGGGUGGGUUAAGAAAUUGAUUGAAGCCAAACAUGAUGUUGGGGAUGUGGUUGACCUUCUCGUGGAUAUGGAUUGUGUUGGGUUGAAACCAAAUUUUAGUAUGAUUGAGAAGGUGAUAUCUAUGUAUUGGGACGUGGGGGAGAAGGAGAGUGCUGUUUUGUUUGUGAAAGAGGUUUUGAGACGGGACAUUGCUUACUCAGAGGAUGGCGGGGAAGGGCAUAAGGGAGGCCCCACUGGGUAUCUUGCUUGGAAGAUGAUGGCGGAUGGUAAAUACCGGGAUGCAGUCAACUUUGUGAUUCACCUUAGAGAAUCUGGGUUGAAGCCAGAGGUCUACAGCUACCUAAUUGGUAUGACAGCCGUGGUGAAAGAGCUGAAUGAAUUCGCAAAAGUUUUACGCAAGUUAAAAGGUUUCAGCAAGGCUGGUUUAAUUGUCGAAUUAGAUUCAGAAAAUGUUGGUAUUGUUGAGGGGUAUCAGUCAGAUCUUCUAGCUGAUGGAGUACGCUUGUCCAAUUGGGCGAGUCGAGAGGGAGGGCCGUCACUUUAUGGGAUGGUUCAUGAGAGACUACUUGCCAUGUACGUUUGUGCUGGUCGUGGACUUGAGGCUGAAAGACAGCUGUGGGCAAUGAAGCUUGUGGGUAAGGAAGCUGAUGGAGAUCUCUACGACAUUGUUUUAGCGAUCUGUGCUUCCCAAAAGGAGCCCGGUUCAAUUGCACGAUUGCUGUCAAGAAUGGAGGUUACAAGUCCUAUGCGUAAGAAGAAAACCUUAUCGUGGUUGUUGAGAGGGUACAUCAAAGGCGGUCAUUUCGAUGAUGCUGCAGAUACAAUAAUUAAAAUGCUGGACUCUGGUUUAUAUCCAGAGUUUCUAGACAGGGCAGCUGUGAUGCAGGGACUAAGAAAAAGGAUUCAACAAUCGGGAAAUUUGGAAACUUAUCUCAAGCUGUGCAAGCGCCUCUCCAAUGAAAAUCUGUCUGGGCCUUGUCUCAUUUAUACAUACAUGAAGAAUUAUAAGCUGUGGAUAAUAAAAAUGCUUUGAUGAAUUGGACAAGAAGUUGUGAGGAUACUGAACCUUGUAUUGAGAAAGAGGUCCAGAUCUUACAAGCACAACUUCGUCUCUACAUAAACAUUUUUUAUAAAUAUGUAUAGUUUUGAGUGGCUCAGAGAGCAGUGCGAUGAUGGUGAGUGUUUUGCUCUCGAGUUCAAAUAGUUUGUGUAAAUGGUGGAUGCUGUAAACAUAAUCAAGAACUUGUAGCAAGAUGAUAUAGAAAGGCUGUAUAUGUAUGUUACAGGUAUGUUCUUAUGGUUUCCUUAUUCCAUUUCGCUUUGGAUUUCUUUCUU